AUGUCAAACCUAAUGAAGAGUUCGUGUAAAGUCCAAAUGAGGCCACUCGGCUUGGACCAUGGCUCAAUCAAGAUUGCUGCUGAGAUCAUCAGCCUUUCUUUCGCUAAAGAUCCCUUGAUCCGCUGGCUCUCUCGUGAUCGCUCUGGUCCAGGCUGGGAAACUCUGACACCUACCCUGCAGCAAUGGCAAGAGGCACGCCUACGCGAGUAUGCCGUGCGUGGAAUCGCAAUGGAAGCCGUUACAGCGGAUGGCCCUCAUAAAAGCCUUGGAUCUUGCUUUCUGUUUCCUCCUGGGCCGCUGUAUCGAUGGCUGAAUCCCCUUUGGUGGCCGUCAUGUUUGAGAGUGCUAUGGGACGAGUGGUGGAUUCAGCCAACUGAACCGUUCUCUUCAGAAAAGGUGAUACACCUUGCACACGUGAAUAAUAGAGGAUCUAACGGAAUUUGGCAGAGGAUCGGGAUAAUGAUGGAGUCUCAUAACGAUUUUGAAGAGAGAAUUAAGAAGAAGUAUCCAUCCAAUUCUCUUUACUAUCUCGAGAUCGCUGCGGUCAGACCUGAUACGCAAGGGAUGGGGGUUGGGAGAACUAUCAUGCAAUGGGUGGUGCAGGAGUUGGGUGACUCUCCAUGUUAUAUUGAGUGUACAGAUAAAAAGAAUAUCGCGUUCUACGUCAAGUAUGGCUUUGAGCUUGUUGAAGAGGCAGAACUGGUGGAUGAAGAGGACGCAAUGCCACCAACGACUUUGUUUUACAUGAUUAGAGAUACAUCGAAGCUCAAGAAAACAAGCCCUGUUCUUGAGAGCGUGGAUGAUGAGGUGGUGAACUUGCCGGACUUUUCCUCAAUACAGUCGCCGGAUGAACUGGACCUGCUAUGUCUGCAAUUCGAAGCAUUCUCCGAGGGUUUACCAGACGAGGAAGUCUCACAAAAGCUCAUGGACAGUUUUACUACUAUCGGAUGGCAGACGAUCACAGGCCGUGCUGGACAUGAUACCAUGUUCAAGUCCGACAUUUUACCACUUUGUGAAGAUAGUAUCUGCCUUAAACACGCUUGCUUAGCAUAUCAAGCAAGUCUCGAUGUCGAUACUAGUCACUUGACACCUUUGUACAUGCAAUCGGCCCUUUCAAACUAUCUUAACGACUUGGAAAACCCCAGCAUGCUGUGUCAAGAUGUGACUUUGGCAACGGGGGUGCUGUUGUGCAGCGUCAGCAUAAACUCACUGUAUAUCUGGUCACCGCUGCUGAAAGGCCUCCACGGAGUCCUUCAAGCACGGGAGCUAUUGAAUGAUCCACAGAGGCCCCCCGUGGCAAACCACCUCCUUGAAGCUGUCGGCCUAUUGGAUAUACCUUUCUUCACUCUGAAUAGGAUUACACCAUCGCUGGAGAUCUGGAAAUCCUAUGUCCAACCACACAAACACUCUGGCGUUGAGCAAAUUUCAGGGAUACCUUAUAGUCUAAUGAACCUGCUAGCGAAUAUGGACUCCACCACCAUCGAACAGGAUCUGUUGCAGUGGCCUGGAGAACUAGGCGAUGAGUUCGCGCAGAUUCACCUCUGGGAAGCGUUCCGACUCGCCGGUAUUCUUCACAGCCGUUGUCUGGCUGAUCAUCACCAAGAUCAAACAACACCACAAAGAGUCAACAACAGCACUGAAAUAUUACGGAUGAAGGUAUUUGCAUCGAUCCAAGCAAUUAUCGGGAUCGGCACCUUCAACUUUCGACUCUCACUCGCCAGGGCCAUAUUAUACCCUCUUUUCGUAGCUGGGAUCCUGGCAGAAAAUGCCCAGGAACAGCAGCUGACACGUGUGGCCUUUCAAUACAUAAUGCAAAAAGGGCAGGAGGGCACUGAGCAGAUAAUCAUGGAUAUCGUGGCAAAGGUUUGGAAGAAUGGGAAGGGCGGCAAUGAAGCAUCCAAGUUGAUGAUAGCUACUGAGGCUACGGCGGAGCUGAACGCUGAGAUUCAUCUUUACUAA